CUGCCUCCGCCCGCUGCCCGGGGCCGCCCCGCCCGCGGCUGUUGGCUGGCGCGGGGCUGGGCCCGCGGGGGCGCGGGGCCGGCGCGUGUGGGGCCGUGCGGUGCGCGCAGCCCCGGCGGCCCUGGAGCCGUUUCCUACCCCUGUGAGUCGGUAGAGAAAACCAUCUGAGGUUCAAUAUUCCAAGAACUGACCUGCAUUAUAUCCAGAAACUUUGCAAAUAGCAAUGGCCAGACUGUUGCAAGAUCCAUCUAAACUUCAUCCCUCAGAAUGGUACACUGCAAACAGGAUGCAGCGUGCCAGUACAGAGUCCCAGAAAUCCAGGUCAGAAUGCAUGAUAGCUGAGAGUUGGAGGCUGGUGGAUGAAAUAGAAAAGACAACUCAAAAAACCCAAAGUGAUGUCAACAAGAAAUUAGAACAGAGACGGGAAGAGAUAAAAUUCUGGAAGCAAGAAUUAGAUAACAAGCUAGAACAAAUUGUUCAUGAGACAGAGAUUUUGUUGACUUUCAAGAAUAGGCUGGAGAGAGCUUUGGAGGGCUGCAAAGAGCCCCUUGUCAUUGCCCAAAAGUGUCUCGUGUACAGGCAGAGGCGAGUUGGCAUUGACUUGGUGCAUGAUGAAGUGGAACAGGAACUGCUGAAGGAAGCUGAAGUUCUCGAGGGGAUUAUUGCUUUACUUGGACGUACAUUGGAACAAACAAAUGAGCAAAUCAGACGAAACCGUUCAGCAAAAUAUGACCUGGAAAUGGAUCUGAAGGACAAAUUCACAGCUUUGACGAUUGAUGAUUACUGUGCCAGCUUGACAAACGACACUCCUCAUAUUAUAUAUGCUGAUAAUGCAAUGAAACUAGAAGGAAAUUUUGUUAGCCCUGAGGACUGGAUAGAUUUCUCAAACAUAAAUGUUGAAAAGGCUGACAAGCAGCGAAACAAUUCUUUGGCACUGAAGGCACUUAUCGAUGGCGUCCUCUCACAGACGGCAAAUGACAUGCGCAAGCAAUGUGAGAUGGUGAAUGCUGCUUUUAGAAAUAGGGUGAAGGAAGUCAAGGAUGCCAAGGACAAGCUAGAGACACUUCUUGCAAUGGUGAUGGAUGAGACUGCCUCACAGGAGAAGAACAUUGCAGCCUUAAAGAAAGCAAUCGCUGAUAAGGAAGCACCUGUAAAAGUGGCUCAAACCCGCUUGGAAGCGAGGAACCAUCGCCCUAACGUGGAACUGUGCUAUGACACAGUGCACAGCAGCCUGAUGAGUGAAGUUCAAGAGAUUAAAAAAAAUAUUCAAAGAUUAAAGGAUGCAUUGGCACAGGCUCAGACAGAGCUGAAAGGCCUGAGCCGCCGACAGCUUUCCUUGGAGGAAGAGAUCAAGGUCAAGGAGAACACACUGUACAUUGAUGAAGUGCUGUGCAUGCAAAUGAGAGAGUCUGUUUGCAUAAACAAUUACUGAAGUCAUUAUACUGGGAGAGUGUGCUCCAAAGAACCAGAUCCUGCUGAAAUUUUAUUUGCAAACUUCCAAAUUUAUUGGCUUGGCUCAAUGCUGUCUGGUUGCACAAGGUAAUUAAAACAGACCUAGUAGUUACAGCUAUCUGUUUCAGAACUAUCUAUGCUCUAAAAUGUUUGAUGAAAUCUUCCAUUUGGCAAUAAAAUUCCAGAAUAAUGA